AAGAAAGCAUCUUACAAGUUACAUUGUCUGUUUGGCGUGACCACUUUUUGAGGAUAUACACAAUAAUGAACCUGCCUUAUUUGCAUGUUUAAGCUUUCAACAUAUUUAUAUCAGCCGGUUGAAAGAGAAAAAGAGUGUAACGCCUGGUCUAAUUCUAAACUCUAAAGCAACACCUCUAUUCACUCACGUUAACAACGUUACAGGAAGAGUAGUGUUGAGCUCUCUUUUCUAAAACAAACUGACGAUAUAUGUAUAUAUACACGUAUGUUUAUAUCCUUGAACAGUUAGAUAUAUACAAGUAAUCUCUACCAUCUCAUUGGCGAUUGUUAGAAUGGGGAAUUAUAAACCUGAUCAUGGUAUGCUGAGGUGCAGAUACUUAGUGUUUCUUCUCUUCGUGUCUUCCAUUUCUGUUUGUUUUGCAGAGGAACCGGGUAUAUACUUGGUUUUAGUUGAAGGAGAGCCUGUUGCUUUUCAUCGUGAUACUACUACUAAUGCCAAAAGACUCGACCCCAACAGUGAGGUUGCCAUGGUUCAUGCAAAGCACUUGAUUGAUUCUCAUGACAAAAUUCUACAAAGCACUCUACAGACUGGCAGCUACAACAAACUUUACAGCUUCAAACACAUUGUCAAUGGCUUUGCAGUCCAUACUACUUCUUCACAAGCUAAGAAACUAAAAUAUGCAGCUGGAGUGAAGUUAGUGGAGAAAGAUAGAGGAGCCAAGCUGAUGACAACAUACACUCCUCAAUUUCUUGGGUUGCCCCAAGGAAUUUGGGCUGAAGCAGGAGGAGAUAAGCAUGCAGGUGAAGGAAUUGUGAUUGGAUUUGUGGACUCCGGAAUCAAUCCAACACACCCAAGUUUUGUUUAUGAUCCAACCACUCCUUGCACAUCAAAUCUCUCUCAUUUCUCCGGUGCUUGUGAGACGGGUCCCCGGUUUCCAUCUUCUUCAUGCAAUGGAAAGGUAGUUUCUGCAAGGUUCUUCUCAGCCGGGGCUCAAGCACUUGUUACUCUUGACCCUAAAGUUGACUUUCUUUCACCCAUGGAUGCAUCUGGGCAUGGCAGUCAUGUGGCAUCAACUGCAGCUGGAAAUGCUGGAGUUCCUGUUGUAGUGAAUAGCUUCUUUUAUGGACGAGCCUCUGGGAUUGCACCAAGUGCAAGAAUUGCUGUUUACAAGGCUAUCUAUCCAACAAUAGGAACUCUUGCUGAUGUUGUUGCAGCAAUUGAUCAAGCCGUAUCAGAUGGAGUAGAUAUCCUAACACUCUCAAUAGGACCAGACCAGCCACCAGAAGACUCACCUACUGUGUUAAGUGUUUUCGAGGUUUCGAUGCUUUUUGCUAGGAGAGCUGGAGUUUUUGUGGUCCAAGCUGCUGGUAACCAUGGUCCUAGUCCUUUAACAGUAGUGUCCUACAGUCCAUGGAGUGUAGGGGUGGCUUAUGGCACCACUGACAGAACUUAUCCAGGAUCUCUUCUGCUUGGCAAUGGCCAAAAAGUUGGAGGGGUGGGAUUAUCAGGACCAACUUUUGGAAAUAGCUUGAUCCUUCAAAGGCUAGUGUUAGCUAAGGAUGCACUUCAGAUAACAGGGCUAUUUCCCAGGACAGCACCAUAUGUUGAAGAAUGCCAGUUUCCAGAAGCACUAGACCCAGAUGUAGUUUAUGAUAGCAUUAUCAUCUGCACUUUCUCAGCUGGCUUCUUCAACCAGACUUCCUCUAUUACAGCCAUCAUCAACACGGCUAGAGCUCUCAGUGUCGCAGGGUUCAUUUUUGUUGCAAACCCAAUUUAUGGAGAUUUUAUAGCCGAGCCAAUUCCCUAUUCCAUUCCUGGCAUUUUGAUCCCAAAGGUUUCUGAUGCACAGAUUAUUUCAAGGUACUAUGAAGAACAAACGUACAGGGACAAGAGAGGGUUGGUGAUCAAGUUUGGGGCACAAGCAGCCAUAGGAGAGGGCAGAGUUGCUUCUUUUGGAGGGCAAGCUCCUGUAGUUAGCAGAUUAUCUUCAAGAGGUCCAGAUUAUAUCGAUAUAGAUAGGAAUCUUGUAGAUGUAUUAAAGCCUGAUAUUCUUGCCCCAGGACACCAGAUCUGGGCAGCCUGGAGCCCGAUUAGCGCCUUAGAUCCCAUCUUACAAGGUAAAAAUAAAGUCAAUUUUUCUAUAUUUUUAUUUAGGUACUUGUUAAUUUCUAGUCUCAAUUUUCGUGUUAGUCUUAAUAUUGGGAUAGCAGCACUCAUCAGCAGAGAAUCUACUGUCACAUCUAUGAUAGCAUCAGCCAUCUCCACCCACUGCCACAAGUACGAUAAUGGAGAGCUCAUAAUGGCUGAAGGAUUUUACAUCACUAGCUUAAAUCCCUCCACACAUUUUGAUUUUGGUGCUGGCCAUGUCAAUCCAACUCGAGCUCUUGAUCCGGGUUUAGUCAUAUCAGCAGAAUUUGGAGACUACAUAAGCUUCUUGUGCAUUUUACCAAACAUCAGCCACUCCACAGUCACAGCGGCUACUGGGGCAUGGUGCAGUCACUCCCUAGACCAUCCAGCUAACCUGAACCUCCCUUCGAUAACAAUAUCAUCACUUAAAGGAUCUCUGUCACUGAGAAGGAACUUCAAGAAUGUAGGAUGCAAACCAGAGACAUAUCUGUGCUCUGUAGUCCCCCCAGAUGGCACAACAGUUAGCUUGUCUCCUCCUUGGUUUACUGUUGCUCCAUAUGGAACCCAAGAUUUGGACAUUUUAUUCAAUGUAACUAAGGUGAUGAAUAAGUUCAGCUUUGGUGAGAUUGUUCUUACAGGAAGUAUGAAUCAUAUUGUGAGAAUACCCUUAACAGUUAAACCUGUUUCGCUGUUUUAGAACGGUCAUUACA